AUGGCUGGUCUAAAUUGGACAUUUGACCAGCUUGCUAGCUAUUUAGACGAUUCUUCGUCUCUGCGAUCUGAUUACAACCCUAUUAUUGAACGACUUCUCACUACUUGUUCCAAUUCGUCUGUUUUCGGCAUUGGCGGCCACUCCGUAGUGCUUCGCAUCUCCUCUGGGAUAGUGGCGAAGGUGUGUCUAAAGCCAGGAGACGAGCGCCUACGUCACGAGCAGAAAAUAUUCGAGUCACUUGCCGAAACCAAAUGCCCAAACGUUAUCCGAUGUUACCUCCAAACACCUGACGUCAGUUUUCUUGAACUCUUAGAAAAUGGCACUCUUCACGACCGAAUGAGCAUUAGCAAACCUCGACCGAUUCUGCCUUGGAUGCUACAAUUAUCACGCGCGGCCGCGUGCCUAGAAACGCUAGGCUACUCCCAUGGGGAUAUCAACCCACAGAACAUUUUGAUCGGCGAGGAUGACCAGCUUAAGCUUAUUGAUUUUGACCAUUCGACUAAAGUCGGCGAUGAGCUUGAUGUUGGCUACGAGCCCUACGUUCGACAACACAGGAAGCUAAUAGGUGGUGUUUACGGGGUUGCUGGUCCAGUUACAGAACAGUUCGCCUUAGGGUCAGUCUUCUGGUACAUGACACGUGGCUCUGAGCUGUACUCUGAACUUGAAGGACCCGAUCAAGUCGACCGCUUGCUUGAUGGGAUUUUCCCCGCAACCGACCCGCAAGACCCAAUUGAUCGCAUUAUCAGCAAUUGUUGGAACGGAUACUAUCUCAGCAUAGCCGAUCUCGUCGACAACAUCCAGGGCAUAUCAGGAUUGAAUAUGCAGACUCAAAUGACCGAAAAUUUGAGUCUGACGCUGGAGCGAAGGCUGUUAUGUGAACAGUACUGUAAAAUGGCCAACCUAGCUCCUCCGGGAAGCAAUCCAAGCAGCGAGAAGCUUGGUUUUGAGGUCAAAUACGGAGAUGAUUCGUUGGCAACAACACAGAACACCACCAGCCUAUCCACAAGAAAUUUCUUUAGUUUACUCACGUCAAUCAUCCCGCUCAAGUGGAGGCAGAAGAGCCCGCUAUAA